AUGUCUUCCCAUCAUAUUGCCAUUGCAAAGGCCUCCUUCUCUGCGGGUCUUUUGCGCCCCGAUCCCACCUCCGUUCCUCGCGACGAAAUCACCGCGUUUCACACCUCCUUCGACAGGACGCUGUCGCAUUGCUCCCCAGCAAACAUCCAGACUUGCAAAUCAUGGCUCCUCAACUAUGUCAUCUCGUCAUCUAAUCGGGUCGGCGUGUGGGCCAAAUAUCUCGUCGCCUUGUCCGGUUCCUUCACCCCGGUCGAGGAUGGAAAACAGCCCACGCCGGCCGGGGCCACUCGUGUCAGCCUCUCGCCUAAGAGAAAACGGUUGCAUAUUCUAUACCUGCUCAACGAUUUGUUCCAUCACACCAAAUACCAUCUAGACUCGACCGCCGCUUUUUCUACACUAAGUGGCUCGCUGCAGCCGUAUAUUGUGGAACUAUUGGGGUACGCCGCAUCCUACGAUCGAGAAAAGCACCCCAAACACCACAGACGACUGGAUGAUUUGCUGGAAAUUUGGGCGGAUCAUGGAUACUAUGGGGCCGACUACGUGGAUAAGCUCCGGGAGGUGGUGAAGAGCUCGGCCUUGUCUGGGCCUGUCAAGACAUCCAUCGGGGUGGAGGAAAAUAAUACCGAGUCGACAAAGAAGUUCACAGGCAAAGACGCCCCGUUUAUCAUGCCAUCAACCCAUGGUGAUCCUUCUACACCCUAUUAUGAUCUCCCCGCGGGCAACCUGGUCCCCCACAUCAUUCCGGACUCGACAGUACCUCUCCGGCCGGAUUCCAUUCGACCACUGCAAUUCCUGGCUGGACCAGCGGAUGCCAAACUAGUGGCCGCACUCAAGACAUUUAUGAAAGAUGUCGACCGGAUAUACGGACCAGGCAAGCCGGAGAAGAAUGAGGAGGAUGUCAUCGACAUUGAUGACCUGGGACAAACGGUGAUACGAGACGGAAUUACCGGCGACAUCCUCAAUGGGGAAACCUACUACGGCUGGUCUCGAACAUUCUGUCAACAGAUGAAGAAGCGAAAUCAGACCCGAGACUCGGGUGACUCUCGCCGAAGCUGGAGUCGGAGCCGGAGUCGGAGCCGGAGCCCCAGACGAAGACGCUACAGCGACAGCGCAGAUAGCGACGAUAGCAGACGCUCCAGAUCCCGAUCCCGAUCUCGCAGACGAGAUUAUUCUCGAUCGCGAAGUAGUUCCCGUCGACGCUCACGCUCCUAUUCCCCACGCGGGCCGUCCCCUCCACGAUCUUCUUUCCCUCCUCCUCACCAACCACAACACCAACAAUACGUACCUCCACCAGGGAUCCCUGUACCACCACCUGCACCUUUCAAUUUCCCACCGGGUGGUGGCGCUCCACCGCAUGGGUUCAAUCCCAACAUGGUCCCAAGUGCUGCCCCCCCACCUCCACCAAACUACCAAGGCCCCUGGCCACCACUCCCACCCCCACCGAUGCCGACAAUGGGCUUUCCACCAGGCAUGAACCAGCCGGCAUUUCCUCCCCCAUUUCCAGUGCAAGGAAGUGCCUUUCCUCCAAUGAAUAUGGGACCAGGUCAUCCGGGUUAUCACUUCCCACCUCCUCAUUCGGGAAGUCCCGGGCCGGGUGCAGGGCACUGGCAAGGCGGGUAUGGUCGUGGUUGGAGGUGA